AUGGCAAUCCAGAAGAAGCAUGGUAAAGGCCGUCUCGAUAAAUGGUACAAACUAGCCAAAGAGAAGGGCUAUAGAGCUAGAGCAGCGUUCAAACUUAUACAGCUGAACAAGAAGUAUGGGUUUCUGGAGAAGAGUAAAGUCCUCCUGGAUCUAUGCGCUGCACCUGGAUCAUGGUGUCAAGUCGCUGCAGAGGUAAUGCCCACUCAGAGUAUUAUCGUGGGAGUGGAUCUUGCGCCUAUAAAGCCCAUACCUCGAGCAAUUACCUUCCAGAGCGACAUCACAUCUGACAAAUGCCGGGCUACCAUCCGGCAACAUCUGAAGACCUGGAAGGCCGACACCGUACUACACGAUGGAGCUCCCAAUGUUGGCGUGGCAUGGGUGCAGGAUGCAUAUUCCCAAGCAGAAUUGGUUCUACAGGCUUUGAAACUGGCAACUAACUUCCUCAUUGAAGGUGGAACGUUUGUUACCAAAGUGUUCAGGUCAAAAGACUACAACGCGUUGAUGUGGGUAUUUAAGAAAUUGUUUACAAACGUUGAGGCUACCAAGCCACCAUCAUCCAGGAAUGUUUCUGCCGAAAUCUUCGUUGUCUGUCGUGGGUUCAAGGCACCAAAGCAUAUGGAUCCCAAGUUUUUGGACCCUCGACACGUUUUUGCAGAUGUAGAAGAGGCUACUCCCAAUAACGAAGCAAAGGUGUUCAAUCCAGAGAAGAAAAAACGAAAGCGAGAGGGUUAUGAAGAAGGAGAAUACACUCAGCAUAAAGAGACAUCUGCUACCGAGUUCAUUCACACGACCGACCCAAUUGCCAUCUUAGGCUCCGUGAACACGCUGAGCUUUGAACAAGGACCAAAUGGGGACCUGGCACUAGCGACGUUAGAACGGCUUCCGGAGACAACAGAAGAGAUACGUACGUGCUGUUCGGAUCUGAAGGUCCUAGGCCGCAAAGAGUUUCGGAAUCUGCUUAGGUGGAGGUUGAAAGUGCGGGAGAAGUUUGGGCUGUCAGCCAAGAAUAAGAAACAGGAACCCGAGGAAGGAGAAGAGGUUGCGGAAGUAGAAUCCAUGGACGAAGAAAUGAAGAUCCAGGAAGAACUUCAGAGACUCCGAGACCAAGAGAGCUCAAAGAAGAAGAAAGAACGUCGCAAAGAGAAUGAGCGCAAGCAGAAGGAGCUGGUGCGCCUGCAAAUGCAUAUGACUACACCGCAUGACAUUGGAUUGGAGCAGGAGGGACCGAAUGGCGACGGCGCCAUGUUCAACCUCAAAUCCGCUGAUAAAGCCGAGUCGAUCACUAAAGUUGCAUCUGGAAAAAUGGAUGUUGCGGACGAAGAAUCUGAAACCUCAGAAGAUUCCGAAUCAGACCUUGACUCCAACGAAGACGGAGAUAGGCUUGACAGGGAGCUUGACACACUCUACGAGAAUUAUCAGCAACGGAAGGAAGACAAUGACGCAAAGCAACGAGCAAAGAGAGCACGGAAGCAGAAAGAGACAGAUGACUUCAAAGGCUUUUCUGGCUCGGAGGCUGAAGAUGCGUCUGAUAACGACGCCGAUGCUGAGAUGGUAUUGCCGCUGCGCCCAGCUACUGCUGCAGAGGCCUUGUCAAAUAGAGCUUCCAUGUUCUUUGAUCAGGACAUUUUUCAAGACCUAGGCAUCGCCGAUGUGGUUGGAGAUGAUGACAGUGCGAUAGAAAUGAACGAUGAAGAAGACGAUCGUAAGAACGAAGCACUAGCACAUGAACACGAAAACUCCAUAAAGGAAAAGCCUAAUGUCGCUAUUAACACUAGCAAAGCAACGCACGCGAGCGUCGAGUCAGCCUCGGCCUCUAGUUUUAAUAAACCAGCAAAAGAUACAAAGCAGACAAAAAAUGCUCAAAAUCCAUCAUCGAAUGGCGAUGACAGCAAAAUCGAGCAAGUUACCGCAUCCGAAAAUGACGACCCUAGAACGAAAAAUGGCCAGCUAGACAUCGACAUCAUAACCGCCGAAGCCAUGGCCCUCGCACAAAGCAUCGCCACCGGUGAGAAAACCAGCGCUGACCUCACCGACGACGGCUUCAAUAAAUAUGCCUUCCGCGACGUCGACGGCCUGCCGGAUUGGUUCCUCGACGACGAAGGCAAGCACAGCAAGCCCCAGCGGCCCAUUACCGCCGCCGCGGCAUCCGCGAUCCGCGAGAAGCUCCGUGCGUUGAACGCUCGACCCAUCAAAAAGGUACGCGAGGCGCGAAGUCGGAAGAAGUUCAAGGCGGCGCAGAAGCUGGAGAGGUUGAGGAAAAAGAGCGCAUUGCUUCUUGAUGAGGAGGGGAUGACGGAGAAGGACAAGGCGUCUACGAUCGCGAAAUUGAUGAGUAAGGCGGGUAAGAAGAAGCCGAAGCCGAAGGUUAAGCUUGUUGUGGCGACAGGCGGGAACAGGGGGAUUUCGGGGAGGCCGAGGGGCGUCAAGGGGAAGUAUAAGAUUGUGGAUAGGAGGUUGAAGAAGGAUGUGAGGGCAGAAAAGAGACUGGCUAAGAAGAAGAAGUAG